UAGGAUGUGAAUAAUGUUGACAACAAACUGUUGUUCUGGUUGUUGCUGAGCAGUGCUUACCAUAGAUCAAAGACUUUUCAGUUUCCCAUGCUCUGCUAGAGAGCAGGUGCACAAGAAGCUGAGAGGGAGUAUAGCCAGGACCCCAGCUGACCCCAGCUGACCAAAAGGACAUUCCAUACCAUAAAAUAUCUUCUCAGCACAUAAACUGGGAGGAGGUGGACAGAGGGGGGCUGAUCACUUCUGGAGAGGGGCUGAGCAUCAGUUGGGGCAGUGAGCACUUUUGUUGUGCACCACUGUUUUUCUCAGGCUUUAUUCCACUCUCUCUUUUUUAUCUCCUUUUUAAUUAAAAUUAUUAUUAUUGUCAUUAUUACUGUAUUUGACUUAAUUUUAGUUAGUAAACUGUUCUUAUCUCAACCCACAGAUUCUACCCUUCUGAUUCUCCUCCUCAUCCCACAGAGAAGAUUGGAGGUUUGAGGCCAGAAUGAUGUAACACUGCAUCUCUCAGUCUGACCUAUUGAAUAUCUCUGGCCACUAAAUUUUGCAUGGCGACAAUAAAAGCGUUUUCACUCAUGAGCGGACUGGGAGCAGUGCCCCACAUCCUGCCACUUGGGGACACCCUCGGGGACGCAUGGAGCCCCUGGUCACGUAAGAAACACCCGCGUCCGGCAGGCGGGCUCCCGGCUGGGGGGACAAACGAGGUCAUCCCGGCGGCUGGGGGCGAGCUGGCCGCUGGGGAAAGACGCGAGGCGGGCGGGCAGCGGUCCGAGGAGGGGGCAAGCGCUAAGGCGGCGGGCCGCUGCCGCCUGAGGGCAGCUCGGGGAGGGGUGAGAGAGCGCGACUGCCGACGUAGCUGAUGCGCGGCGCCGCCUCCCCGCCGGGUGCCCUCCUUCCCGCUCCCUGACUGCCCUCGCAGGCGGGAGGCGGCGGGGAGGGAGCGCGGGUGCUGUGCGGACAGCCUGUGGCCGGAGCCGAGGCGAGCCGAGACCCCGCACUAUGCCGACCGCCGCGCCCCCCCGCCUCCACCCCGCGGCGGACGCCUGCUGCCACUGUCAGGGACACCAAGGCCUAUUGGACCAUUCACCACACAAUGCAGACUCAAAAGUAAAAAGGAAGAAACUGCAUGGGACUUGUCCUCCUGUUGAUCGUAGAAACUAUGGAAAAUCAUGUUUGGGUGAAAGCAGCCACAGGUUUUUCAGUUCCUGCAAUGGUUUUCACACGAUACAUUCAGAGCACAGUCCUGUGAAGCCAAGGAUAAUUACAGUGGUAAAACCUGGCGGACACACACUCAGGAGGAUAACCUUACUUCUCAACAGGAGAUCAGUCCAGACCUUUGAGCAGCUGAUGGCUGACAUUUCAGAAGCUCUGGGAUUUCCUCGUUGGAAGAAUGACCGUGUGAGAAAGCUGUACAAUCUGAGAGGCAGAGAGCUUCAAAGUGUUUCUGAGUUCUUCAGGGAAGGUGAUGCGUUCAUAGCUAUGGGGAGGGAGCCUCUCACUUUCAAGGACCUGGAGGUGGUAUUGCAAGAACUUUAUCCUGAAAAUCCUUAUGCUGCCAGUGCUGCCAUUCAGCAGAACGAGGAGCAGUCCCAAAAGAAGAGCAGGCUGUAUGACAAGGCCUCAAAAGUAGACAGUGGCUUUAAUGAGACAGAAGUGACCAAGAGCUGCAGUGAUGGCUUGUCUUCUCAGCUGGUGGCUGGAUAUGAAGGAAAAAGUCAAGCCAAGACAAAGCAAGAGGAAAAAAUGAGAACCAAAAAAAAGUGGACUAGAGAGAGAUGGGGUGGUGAACAUGGAGUAAAACCUUCUAGAAAAACACGAGAAAGUGAAAGGCACCUUAACCAUGAGAGGAGUCCUGAGGAAGGCUUAGAGGAGAGUUCGGAGGAGGUGCUGAGAUGUGAGAAAUGCGAACAGGAAAGGCAGGCCAGAGAAAAGUUAUGGAGGGAAAGGCAGGCUGAGGCCUCAUUUGAGAAUAGAGACUUGAACAUAGGUGCAUGUCAGAGGUACAAUGCAGAAAGAAAUACAAAAGUCAGGAACUGCCAAAAAUCCCCUGAAACUUGUCUGGAGCGUGAGGAAGUUGGCUGGAAAGAUAAUGGCAGUGGUAGGAUGUGGAAGCCGCUACAUAGGAUUGUUAAUAAAGGGCUGGAGAAGCAAAAAAGGAGCACUAAGAAAGAAAGGGAUGUGGAGAAGCAUGAAAACCAUGGGAAGGAAGUAGUAAAAUUCAGGAAGAAUGCUGUAGAUGGGCUCCAGCUAUCUCAUGAAGUGAAGGAAGAAAAUGGAAGUAGCUGUGUAAUGAACCAAAGUGGUUGGCUAAAGAAAGACACACUGAGGGAUGCUGAGAUAAUGUCUAAAACAUAUAGGGAGGGCAGAGAGGGACAAAGGGCUAAAGAGGAAGCUGCCAGAAGAGAGGGGAAUGCCAUAUGUAGAGAGAGUGACAUGACUCGACGAGAAAAAACAGGGGAGCGCAGAGUGAAUAAAGAAGACAACAAAGCUCAGGGAUUGGAAAGCACAAGUCGGAGGUAUGCCAUUAAAAGCAGAACUGAUGUGGAAAAACACUAUGAGAUUGGCAGAACUAUUGGGGAUGGGAACUUCGCAGUGGUGAAAGAAUGUCGCCACUGUGAUUCCAAUCAGAUCUAUGCCAUGAAAAUUGUUGAUAAAUCCAAGCUGAAAGGGAAGGAGGACAUGAUGGAAAGUGAAAUCCUGAUUAUUCAGAGUCUUUCUCAUCCCAAUAUAGUAAGCUUAAUUGAGGUGUAUGAGACAGAAGCUGAGAUCUACUUAAUCUUAGAGUAUGUUCCAGGAGGGGACUUAUUUGAUGCAAUCAUAGAAAGUGUGAAGUUCACAGAACAUGACGCUGCUGUCAUGAUCACUGAUCUGUGUGAAGCACUGGUUUAUAUUCACAGCAGGAACAUCGUCCAUAGGGACCUCAAACCAGAGAACCUUUUGGUUCAGCACAAUGCAGAUAAAUCUACUACACUGAAAUUGGCAGAUUUUGGCCUUGCUAAGCAGGUUACAAAACCUAUAUUUACUGUCUGUGGAACACCAACAUAUGUUGCACCUGAAAUACUUGCUGAGAAGGGCUAUGGCCUCGAAGUAGACAUGUGGGCAGCUGGUGUGAUCCUUUACAUCCUGCUCUGUGGUUUCCCCCCUUUCCGCAGUCAGGACCGUGAUCAAGAGGAGCUGUUUCAGAUCAUACAGCUGGGUCACUACGAGUUCCUAUCCCCUUACUGGGACAAUAUUUCUGCAGCAGCAAAAGACCUCAUCACCAGGCUGUUGAUAGUGGAUCCCCAGAAGCGGUACACAGCAUGUCAAGUACUUCAGCACCCCUGGAUCAGAACAGCUGGGAAAACUAACAGCAGGAAUUUGCAGAGGGAAGUGACAAUAAAUAUUGAGCGCCAUUUCCGGGCCCAGCGCCGAAAGGAAGUUGUUGAUGAGGACACAUGAAAUCUUUCAAGCUCAUUUUGUCUUCUUUUUAUUGAUCAACAAAUCAUUUAUGUUUUCUUUUCUAAAUGAAUUGAGAAUUUAAUGUGUAGCUGUUGGUGGCUAUUGCUAUGCCUCUUUUUCUGAUUCUGAGAUUCUGAAGGACAGAAAUCAAAUUCACAUCCACUUCCUCUUGGAAGUGUUGGCAGUCUCUCUGAUGAAAGCAGUGGGGACUAGAUAAAUUUUUCUUUAAGUACUUUCCGUUAAGUACUUCUACAUCAUUUACGAAUGUUUGCUUCUGUGACUGACACUAGUGGUGAGUCUUCUCUCAUCCUUUUUUUAUUAUAUCCUCCAGGAGUUUUGUGUUUGUAAUGUUUUCAAAAUAGCUGUCUGCAUACACAUCUUGCACUAAUUCUUUAAACAGUCUUUUCACUAAUUCCUUCUAGCCACUGAGUAGGAAGAAUAAAAAGUAAAUAUAUUCUUUAGCUGUAGGAUAUAUUAAAUAAGAUGCCAAAUACUGUAUUUAUUAAGCUGUGAGGGAAUACAAAUUCUUAUUGACUAAAUCUGAUGUUUUGUGAUAUCUCCCUUGGCAACAUCUUUCAUUGGUUGUUCAGGGUAAUAGAUGGUACAAUGUUCCUGUUACAAGAAGGUAGUCAUGUGUACUAUGGGGUGAAAGUAGACUAAAAUCUAGCUUGGGGAGAAAAAACUUGUUGGCUGUGGAAAGGUCUCCCUGGGGAAUCAUCAGAUGCUCUAUUGCAUGUGGUUUUUAGUAAUUUUAUUGGAUGCAGUUUUAAAGAAAUCCUGCAGGGGUAAAAAUAAAGCCCAGAGAGGGGCCAUGACCUAAAACAGCUUUUGAAUCUGAGAAUUUUUGAUUAACUAAUUAAAUUCAAAAAGCACUUGAGUUUUCCAUUUUAUAAUUCUUUGUUCUCAAGUUCCAUGGGCUAGCAAAUAAUAUUGAUGUUAGAAUAUCAGUGCUGUUGGCAGUGAAUACACAGCCUGUAGAAAUGAAGGGGGGUAUUUUACACUUGGAGAGCUGUUGCUCUGCCUAUGCAUUUCAUAAUGAGAAAUGUCAGAAGCAUUUCAGAAUUAGUGGAACAUUUUCACAGCUAUAUGAACCAGAAUAUUAUUUUUGGUGACUGCUAAUAUUUUGUGUGAACUUGCUGAAUAACCAAAAAGUGUAGGGUGCUGUCAUCAUGUUUCUGUUUCAUCUUAUGACUUUUGUGCAAAAAUUAUGUAUAGAGAUCACUUGACUCUUAAAGGAGAAUUGCACUUUAAAUUGAAUUGGCUUAUUUCUAAUACUUGCUGGAAUAAGACUUUUUGUGGAGUUCAAUAAUUGGUGAAACAAACCAAUAAAAUCUUUACUGUGUGCCCAAGUAGUAGCUAUAUGAUAUGUCAUACUUCUGCUUUGGAGUCUGAGUCAGGAAAACUUUUCUCUUUCCUGAAAGCAAGAAUGGAUUUAAGUGCUUCCCUGAGUUAAGGCAACCUAACGUAACCCAAUAUUAUAAAAGCAUUACAUCAUAUUUGAGUACUAGUAAUAAUAUAUACUCUGUUAAUUUAAGUCUAUUUUGGAUAGGAAAUUGUGGAAAAAUAGCUUCUGAUGGGCAAUACUAUAUUUUGUAAUUAUCUUAUUUUUAAUAUAGUUGUUUAGGAAUAAAGUCUGAAGUGACAAAAAAUAUGUAAUCAACAAUGAAUCUGAAAGUUUGGACAUUGUGUAACAAGUUGCCUUUUUUACCUUUAAGUACCUGUCUGCAGCCUUAUUCAUAGUGCAGAAGAUGGAGAAUUUGCUUAUAAUGAUUAUAAGAAUAGUUAUUUUUUCAAUGAUUUUGUUUUUCUUUCGAGUUCUCUGUGUUCCAGACAGGCUAAACGUGGACUGUGCCAGGUGGUCACUGCAUGGCACCUGUAAGUACAGAUGCUGCUGUGGCAGUGCUGAGGCAUGGGUUUGUGGCAUGGACAUGUGGCAUUAGGCCCUUCUCCUUCAGGUUGGAGGCUGUAAAAGCUUCCAGGUGCUUCUCAGGGCUUUUACCUCUUUCUUUCUCUCCAACUUCAUUAUUCCUUCUUUUCUCUUAUUGCUUCUUGCUCUGCCUCUGUGUUGACCGAGGUUGCCAAACAUUGUGGUUUAUGUUACUUGUAGCAAUGAAAACCCAUAUGAUUUUGGAGAGCUCAGUCUCAAGCUUUGCUUGCUGAUGUUGAAAAUAACAUUAGGCAGGACUAAGACAAAAAAAGGUGAAAAUCCCCUCUCAUCUCCUAUUGCCUUUUCUCAGGCUUUGCUUUUCCCUCGGUGUGACAUUCCAAUGCAGACCUGGUAUUUAUGCUCUGUAAGAGGGUUUCUAAUAUAUGAACCAUGUUCACACUCUGUGAUUGAGGAUUAUCACUGUUCUUCCUGAGGUUUCCUGAGGUUUGUCUCGUUGGGUUCUGGAGUCAUCUUCCCCUUAAUGUUUUCAUUUCUUGAAUGGUUUCCUUCUCUACAGUAAGUCUGAGGAAGCUCAAAGCUGGGGGAGAUUAGACUCAGAUCAAAUUCUUGCUGAUUUGUUAGGAAGAAGAAAUAUCCCUUCUUGCUCUUCCUUAAGUCUUUAUGGAUUAGACUCUCAUAUGACUUUAUAUUCCACUGAAAAUAAAACAAGUUAUGGUGUCUUCAUCUCUUUAAUGCUGACAUUAAUCUGAAUAUCUCACCAAGAAAAACAACCUUCUCCCCAAGACCUAAGUGCAAAUUAUUGCAGACCUCAACAGGAAAGUUCCACUUCCAGAGAAUUUGCUGGGUCUAAGGCAAUAGAAGGCAAGAACCUGUUUGUUUACUGCAAGCUUUAGCAAAUCAGCUGAGUAGGAAUCCUUCCAUGCUUCUUAAAAGCUAUUGUUUGGUUCCUAACUCAUAGUGGAGAUCCUGAUCAAGUUCUAGUUAUUCCAGGGUUAUUUCUUUACUAUCAGAUAUUAACUAUUCAAAAAAUAGUCUCCUUUUAGAAACUAGAGGCUGUCCAUUGUCUUUAAUCAUUGACUUGGCUCCUCUUUAGUUGGUUGCAGCUUUUAAGCAUGCUUGCAUAAUUUCAUGCCCUAAAUGUAAUUUUUCUUAGACUUGAAGUAAGCACAAAGAUCCAAGCAUAUAGAAUCGAGUCAUCAAUAUUUCAUUUUGUAGUGAAACGUACGUUAAAGACAGAGUUGCUUUUUUAGCUUUUCAGCUGCUUGAAGAUAAAGUGGUCCCCAGAUAUCCCCUCCACUUGCCACUAAGGUCAACUUCUUCACUUUCCCAUAUGCUAUUACAUUUCAUUGGUCCUAGACCUCACCUACAUAUUUUCUAUCAUCUGUCAUCUGCCUACUCUCAUUGGCCUCUUAUCCCCUUGGAUCACUCUCAUUAUUGAAAUGUGGUGAAAUCUUCACAUAAUAAUAUGUUUUUCUUCAGGAAAUUCUGACCUUAGAAAUGGGAAUGAGCAAAAUAUUUUGGAAGUGAAACUGCAAAAACUGGUGCUUCAUGCUGCAUGGUGCAUAACUGCCUGAAAGUGAACAAUGGGAAUUUGGUCAUUGCUCAUAUAUAUAGUCUCUUAAUAUUUAAAAAUGUGUGCCCAGGAGACUCAUGAUUGAAGGCAGUACAGCAGAGACUGUUACCUCUGAGACACAGACACUUUAACUUCUUUUAUUCAGGGAAUGUCUUAAUCGAAGGCUGUUUAACAGCUGUGUGGAAUAGCUGGAUUCAAACACCAUCAAAUCUGCCACCUCACUACUGAGUGGAAUUAUAAGUGGAUUUCCUAUAUCUCUGUUACUGUAUUUUUGGCUGUAGAGUGAUGGAGGGAUAAUGGGAUGUUAUUCCCUUGAGCUUAGGCUCUUGGGUUUUGGUCCUCUUGUUAAAGUGAACUUUCUGGAGUUGACUGCUUGCUUUUUGUCAAGUACCCAGAUUUGGGGAGGUACACAGUCUGCUUGAAAAUAUAGUAAAUUUGCUGUGCUUAUAAAGCACUCUUCCCAAAGAAACAUAAGUAUCACUCGUAAAUAUUUUUCGUAUAAUUCCUUCUUUCACUUGGAUUUCUUUUAAUUUAAGCAAUGUAAGGAAAUUGCUUUUUAUGUUUCUGGGCAUGUGUUUUUCUGUCUUUUCUAAGUUCACAAGUAAUACUUUACCAUUGACAUUCUUGCUUCUGAAAGGAAUUAUGGGCACUUUAACUGGGUUUACAGUGGAUAAUGACACUGUUUGUUCUCCAACAUGGUUUAUUUGUAACUAGGCUGAAGGUGUAAUUUUCUAAGUUUAAAUACAUUGUAGACUUCAGCAGAAAACCUGUUAUUCCUCCUCUGUAUCUCCAAUAAAGGUAAAUUAUACAGUAAAUGUUAUGUUUCAGUUCUUUCCAAUAAAUUAGGAAACAAAUAUGUGGCCAAGUAUUUUGAAUUUUUCUUUUUUUGUUUGUUUGUUUGGUUUUUUUCCUUCUGGUGAUGGAAAUGCUUGUUUUAAAAGGUUUGCAAUUUCAGUGAGUAUUGGGUGUACCUUCAUAUAUGGGUAGCAGAACCUGUUCUAAUGCUGCUAGUCCUUUGAAUACUUACAGAUGUGUUUUUCUUUGAUGCUGCAUGUAAUCCCAUUAAAACCAACAGAAAUCUUUGCAGAACUGGAGCUGAGAUUUAUUCUACCACCAUUUUUUUGACCUGUAUUGUUUUAGUCAUAUAUGGUGUGAUGUUAGAGUGAUCAUUACAAGCAGACUUAGCUUCUCUUAUGCGUAACGCACACAGGAUUGAUUUCUCCUAUCAUUAAAUCUUUUUCUGUAAAAUUCAAGUUUGUUUAGAAAAAGAUGUGCUUUCUUUGUGGAAACAGGCAUUCUAUUUGAAGUUCAGUUGUUUGCCAAAAGUGGCUUUUCAUAUGAGACUCUUUCUUAGUAGCAUGUGUAUAUUUCAGUUCUGUUAUUAAAAAUGGUAUUUUCCCAGAGGCCUGCAGUAUUGUCUGAAGCAGUGGAAAUAAAAUAGUGUCUAGGAUAUUGAUGGUAUUUUUGAGGAAGCUGCCUUCUCUGCAUAUGACCAUGUGUGAUAAAGUGGCUGCCAGUGAGAAAAGUUUGUUGCACAUUGGUCCUUAAAGACAUUGCAGCCUCCUCAUUACUCUAAGAAUAACUGUAAACUCUUUGGAAUGACUUACUUUUAUGAUAAUCACACAUAUUUAUUGCACCCUUAUUUUAACAAUUUGUUUAAGGCAGCUAAUUAAAUCUGAUUUAAUGCUUUGCUGUUAGGAGUGGGAUUCAGAUGUGUUUCCUGUGUCAGAAGUUGAAGGCAGAUGCCAGCAGUGCAAAUGAAUUUGUGUCAGAAUAACAGUCAGACAUUGAAUUCUUUUUAAAUUUUCUUUUUAAAUUAGAACUGUUUUGACAAAGUAGCAAUUGGAAAAUCAGAAAAAGUGAAGCAAAUAACCUUAAACUGUCAUUGGAAAUACAUUUUGUUUUCCGGAUUCAGAAAAUGAUAUGUAGAACUGGAAGCAUUUUAAAAACCAGAGAAAUACAGGAAUGAUUCCCAGAGUGUUUCAGCUAUUAAAACAGUAAGAAUGUUUGGUGCAGUGAGAACAUGAAGUACCUUGGUAGGGCUGAGCAGAUGCUGCAACAGGAGCUGUGUGAGAUUGCUAGAUUGGAUAAGGAGUGUAGGUCUGAAAAAGGGGUACUCCUUAUAACCACUGGGAAAAUGUAUUGAAUCAUAAAAGGUUAGUCCUGCAUUGUCAUUGCUGUCUUUAUAAAGCUUUCUAAAUUUCAGUGACCACUAGGCCAUAAGAAGAUAUUUCCCGUGAAGAAUUGCAGCACAGAACAUUUUAGAUAAUGUUUAACAUAAAGGAUUCCAGAAAUGAAGAUGAUUUUCCUAGAAAACAGAAGUUCAUGAUUGUUAACCUGUAUGGUAAGUUGUCAAGAAAACCUUAUUGCUGGAGUUUCAAAAAGAGUAUAAUUUUGUGAUCCUAAGCAUUUGCAACUACCCAGCGUGCUAUGUUGCGACUUUCAAUGACAUUGCACUUCUACAGCAUAAAAACUUAUUAUUUAACAGCUCAGAAAAAACAUUUCUGCCUAGUGUAAGGCUGGAACUAAAUGGGUGGAAUACAUUUUAUUAAUUGCAGCUUGCCUGGAAACAGAAUAUUGUUCACAUGGUGAGUGAUGGAUGAAAAAUUUAUUAUUGACCAGUAUUUCCAAUGAAAGCAUAAAAUUGUUCUUGAAAAUGGGAGCAUGUUGGCUGUUUGGCUAAAAGCCAAUAUGUGUCCUGGUGAGGUGUUAUUUCUUCAAAUAAAGAGGGAGAGACAUCAUAUUAAGUAGCUCCUUGUGAUUUGAAACAAAAAAAAAAAAGAUUCUGACAGAAAAAAGUGGGAAAUAAAACUAGAGGAGGAAAAGCUGAAGGAAAACAUACCUUUUUUUCCAAAUGUUUUAUUGUCUUAAGUAAAUCAAUGCUCUAGACAAAUCUAACAGAGCUUUAUCAGUGAAAUAAAAAAUCUUUCCUUUUGCUGGUGUGUAACAUUCCUGUGGUGGUUCCCCAGUUAACUUAGCUGAUUUCAAGCAGAUACUAUGGCAACCACUAGAUUAUCUCACCUGGAUCAUAAUUUUCUAGUGAUAGAACCGGAGAAGAAUUUUAGGGAAUUUUUUUUUUACAUGCUUUCAUAACUCACCCAGUUAAUGUUCAAGGGACAGAAGUUAGAGCUGAAUGUUAGAAUGUGACAGUAAUAAACUCCUCCUAACAGCUGAAACCUUACAUAUAUUAUUGGCUAAUAAUGGGUAAUGUUAUAAAAUCAGAAUUUCCAAAACCUCUGUU